UUGAUCCGUCUCGCACACUUGCAUCUGUUUAUAAAAACGGCUCGAUGCCUCCAAUCACUUGCACAUCCAAGCCGUAAUCAGAACAGAUGAUAGCGAGUUCCCGAUGAGCAAUCCACCUCACGAGCUGCGCCUCACCAGCGGUGAUGUCCCCUCUCGCCCGGCCCCCGGCGAACAGCCACUUCACGGCCGGGUGGCCAUCGUGACGGGCGGCUCUGGCGGCAUCGGCGCCGCGGUCACCGCGCACCUGGCGUCCCUCGGCGCUCGCGUCGUGGUCGGCUACGUCGGCGACUCGGCCCUCGCGGACCAGCUCGUCGCGUCGCUCAACUCGGCACCGGGCCCGGGGCCGCGCGCCGUCGCGGUGCAUGCGGACGUGUCCGACCCCGCGCAGGUGGCGCUCCUGUUCGACGCGGCGCAGGCGGCGUUCGGCCCCGACCUGCAUGUCCUGGUGGCCGCGGCGGGGGUGCAGGACGCGGCGUACCCGUCCAUCGCGGACACGACGCCGGAGCAGUGGGACCGCGCGUUCGGCGUGAACACGCGCGGCUCCUUCCUGUGCUGCCGCGAGGCAGCGCUGCGCCUGGUGCGCGGCGGCGGGGGGCGCAUCGUCACCUUCUCGUCGUCCAACGUGGGGUCGCUGAGGCCAGGGUACGGCGCGUACGUGGCGACCAAGGCGGCCGUGGAGGCGAUGACCAAGGUACUGGCCAAGGAGCUCGCCGGGACGGGGAUCACGGCCAACAGCGUCGCGCCGGGGCCGGUUGCCACGCCGAUGUUCUACGCAGGGAAGUCCGAGGAGCGCAUAAUGGCAGUCGCAGGUGAGUGCCCCAUGGGGCGGAUCGGCGAGCCAAUGGAUGUGGCGCCGGUGGUGGGCUUCCUCUGCACCGAUGCCGCCGGCUGGAUCAACGGCCAAGUCAUUCGUGUCAACGGUGGCUACGUCUAAGCCAAGUUGUGAACUCUAGACAGGUUACACAAAAAUGUCAGGUUCCAUGUUCACUCGUUGAGUGUUCGUGCAGCUAUGGUUAUGGAUGGAAAAAUAAUUAAUUACUUAUCAACCAGAAAUAAAUGGCAAAUUUGGGAAUUUAGACAACAUACGUGGCCGUAUUUGCGAAAUUAGACAACAUGUCGACGUAUUUGUAAA